AUGUCCCCGUCCCCUCCCGACCGGGCCUAUGAGAAGGGGGCCGCAAUGAAGCAGCCUGGAUCGUCAGCGAAAUUUAGCCAGCGUGAACGGGUGCUAUUUCCAUUGCCACUUUUUGCAUGUCCUGGUCAUAAGACAGGUGUGUCUCGUCCUGUCAAACAGAGGAGGCACAGAAUUCGGAAGGUGACUGAGAAUUGCAAUGAGGCCAUCCGAGGUCUCAACUGGCUCGCUGGUUGCUAUGACUAUGUAGAGAAGUAUUGUGAGCUACAACAUUGCAGUCCUCUUCACCAAGAAGUCAUGAUGCGUGUGGAUGGUCUGGUCCGUGAUCAGAAGCCCAGUGGCAUCAUUGACUCACCUGAGGCAGCACUCCGAUCGCUGCUCAGAGGAGGGUCGCCCUAUGACUUGGCGGUCUCCUCGGAAACGUUAGCGCCCUACCGAGAUGACCUCCUGAGUGUUCCUCAUGAUGUGCAUGGAUGUCCGAGACUUUUGGAUGUUCUGCCUGCUCAGGAUUGUCAGUUUUUGGAGGAGGUGAACGAGCUGAUGCUGAGACGAGAUGAUGAAGUUGAAGUGCCACCAAUGACACCCUAUUGGGACCCUGUGCUCAGGCACAAUCGUUCUGCCUAUCGGAAGCUGGUCAGAAGGCUUCACUCCAUUGGGUACUUCACCUACACCUUGGAGCCCAAGUGCAAAGUUGGCGUCUUCUUUGUUUGGAAGUCGUCGAGGACCAAGUUGCGGAUGAUCACUGACGCCCGACCGGCAAAUCGGCUCUUUCUGGAGCCACCUGGUGUCAGUUUGAUGACUGGUGAAGGGCUUGGUCGAAUUGAGGUUGUUUGCGAUGACACCAUUUUUGCUGACAUCUCUGCGCUUGACAACCUGGAGGUCUUCAUAGGCCUUUCUGACGUUAAGGACUGCUUCCAUCGGAUGCGUGUGCCUAGCUGGCUCGCUAGGUAUUUUGCUUGGGAUGCAGUCACGGCGGCAACAGUGGGCAUGACAGGCGUUGAGUUGGAAGGGAAGGUGCUUGCAGCGAAUGACCUCAUUUUCCCCUGUGCCGGUAGUCUAUGUCAAGGUUUUUCAUGGUCAUUAUACUUUGCACAGAAGGCGAAUGAAUACCUGGCUGGAUCGAUAUCUCCUCUUACUGAUGCUAAGCUGGCCAGUGAUCGGGGUGGACCGGUUAUCCUGCAUGUUUCCAAGGAUGUUGACUCAUCUGCUCACUUCUAUGUCUAUGUGGACAACCUUGGAGUGAUCAGUGUGGAUGAAAGCGAGGUGAAGGUCGCCAUGGAGGAGUUGCAGGCUUGUUUCAACAGCAAGGGUUUGGAGCUUCAUGGCAGUGAAAUUACUCAAGGCAGUGUUGAAGCUCUUGGUUGCGUGUUGGAUGGCAAUAGGAUGAGAAGUCGAUGUAAUGCUAAGAGGCUUUGGCGUGUUCAUCAUGGUAUCAAAGGGUUGCUCAACAGGGGUCGAUGUAGUGGCAAGGCACUGGAGAUAGUCAUUGGUCAUUGCACUUUUCUGGGACUCAUUAGCAGGGGCAGUCUGGCUUGUUUUCACAGCGUUUACUCCUUCAUUCAGAAGAACUAUGGACAAGUUGCGUCCCUGUGGCAAUCUGUUGUGAAUGAGCUGACUGCUUUUAUGGGACUCUGUUUUCUUUUGGUGCAAGAUUGGUGGCGCCCCUGGAAUAGACUGGUAACAUCAUCGGAUAGUUCACUGGUUGGUUAUGGCGCGUGCAAGAGUUGGUGGCCAAAAGACUUGGUAGCUGAAUCUGGCCGUGUGCAAGAGCGAAGUCGUUUCCGUAGACGUGAUAGUCAUUCAGCUAGGGAAUCAGCCCUAGUCGCUGCUGGUUUUCACCUCAAAGGCACGACUUGGAGCCCUGUUGAUGAGAAAACCAUGAAUGAGAUUGCUGAGUCUGGCUGGGAGGUAGUAGAUGAUUUUCCUGAAAUCCCCUCUGGUGCCCUGAAGAGAAAUUUGUGGACACCUGUUUUUUGGGGCAAGUGGGAACACAAAGAAAACAUUGGCAUCCUCGAAGCUCGAACCAUUUUGAAGAGCAUCAAGCGAGUUUGCAUGACUAGGCGACUGAGCCUUCCCCAUGUGAACGCACCAGCAGACAAGCGACAGCAGACUGCGACCAAGUCCAGGACCCUCAGCCUGACAGUUCCAUUGGCUCCGACGCCCAAGUCAUCUCCCGCUCGGAGGAGGACCCUGGAUCAGGAAUUUGUGACUGGAAGACUGAAGGAUGGGAAGGUCAAACCUCUUUGCCUGCCCAAGUCAGAAAAGGAGUUAGCAGUCUUGUUGGACAAGAAGAAGUUCGAGGUGGAGUAUCAGGAGGAGUCAGACAGCGACAGCACGUCGUCAGAAGUGAAGGAAGAGCAAGGCGGAGGAUGGAGUCGCACAUUGCGAAGCAGGCCAAAAAGACAACUGCAGAAAAAGGUGGACUUGCUGAUGUCUGGGAGCGUGCAUGGAAAGAGCAUCCUGGAGACGGCGGCCAUAUCUGCAAGGGCCCGAGAAAACUACACUCGGAAGUGGGAAGAACUUUCGAAGUUGGCCAGAUCCAAGGGUGUGAGCUUGGACAAUGCGGAAGCUUUGGAUUCAAUGCUUGUGGAACUCUUCGACCAGAAAUUUCUGGAAGGCGAGGGUGCUCACUAUGGGGACUACAUGUUGGCCUCCCUCAUGGACAUGAAACCGGCGUACAGCCGGAUGGGAGACAAGAAGAUCCCAAGAGCCUGGCGGUCACUACGAGGAUGGCGCAAGUUGUGCCCAUCUCGCUCGAGACUUGCCUACCCAUUGGCAGUUUGGGCGGCUUUGAGCUGGCGGAUGGUUGUGCACGGCCAUCUCAGCAAAGCUGUGUUCAACCUGCUCCAGGUCUCUUCUUACCAUCGGCCAGGCACUUUGCUGAAGCUGAGGAAGUUGGGCCUAGUGAAGCCCACUGCUGGGGUGACCACGCAUUGGUCGAUCCUCACGAGCCUGAGCGAGACUUCAGAUGUUUCGAAGGUUGGGACGAAAGACGACAGUGUGAUGUUGGACUCGGAGUGGAUUCAGUUCAUCACACCUCUGCUGUCAGUCCUUGCGAGGGGGCGUCCUAUGGAUCGUGUUUGGGACUUCACCUAUGGAGAGUACCUGGCAGUCUUCAACCGAUGCGCAUCGGAGCUGAAGAUCAAUGUAGUUCCAUAUCAGGCCCGUCAUUCAGGGCCAAGCAUAGACAGAGCUGCAAAAACCCGAGAUCUCGACGAGGUCAGAAAGCGUGGAGGAUGGAUGACGAGGCAGAGCGUGAUGAGAUACGAGAAGGCAGGAAGAUUGGCAGCGACAUGGCAGAAGCUAGAUGCAAACAUUCAGACAAGCUGCAAGUCAGCCGAGAGGUAUCUGGAAGACAUCAUGCUCGGCCACAACUAUCCCGACAUCCCACUGCCGAGUUGA